AAAGUGCAAUAUCUCGAGAUGUUGCGCUUCCCCCCGAUGGUGACGCCCAUGACCCAGUAUCCCACAAUUGUCGAGCGCUCGUGCGAUGUUGUGAUUUUCGAGGAAAUGAUGAGAAUCGCGGUGAAAAAGCUUGAACGCCAGUUCAGCGCCGAGUUGGUCGUGACUGGGAAUCCAGGCGUCGGCAAAAGCAGGUUCUACCUGUAUUGCGCGUUUCGAUUGAUUCGCGGACAAGCAGAGGGGGUGGUGGAUCUGUCCAAGUAUGCGCUGGUUUUGAACUAUGACGAUCUGUAUCACCAGUAUUGCCCCCGCAGACAAGCGUUCUUGGGAUUGAGCGAGACGGAAGCAAUACCGGUACCCAACGUUAUUCGCUUGGUCGAUGAGGAAUCGUCGCGAUUGCGUGGCUGGAAUGGGGUUUCAAUACUUUUCGCUUCUCUCGAAGUGAGGGGCAUGCGCAAAUUCGCACGUGAGGGACUUUUCAUUAUGCCGAUUUGGACGCUAAGAGAGCUCCAAACAAGCAAUGCAUUGCUGAAGGGGAACUCCAAACUGUCCGAAGAUGAACUGAAGGCGCGAUACGACAUGUAUGGCGGAGUUCCGCGCAGGAUCUUCGCUCCAUGCCAGGGAGGCUUUGAGAGGGAUUUGAUGACCGCCGUUAACUGCGUCGAUGUCCUGGAACUGCUCGACCUCGUGGCAAACAGGAAGUUUGUGAAUGCAGUAAAUAUGAGCGACCGCAUCCUCGGUAUGGUGCCCAUGGAGAAGUACUUCAAUUUUUUCCACCGCUUGGAGUUUCUCUCGAUCAAAAUUGCUGGGCGGGUUGUUGAAAAGGCACAA